AUGGUCUUCGUCAGGGGCCUAGAUAACAAAACCCUAGCCUUCGAUCUGGAUCCAUGUUCCACCACGCUGGAAACCCUAACCCUAGCCAUCGAAUCCAGAUGCGGCGUCCCGGUGGCUUCCCAGCGGCUGUACCUGUCCUCCCAGCGGCUCUUCUCCAAUCCUGCCGUCGUCGUCGCCGACCUCGGUGUCCGCUGCAAUUCAACCCUGAGUCUCCACCUCCCGCUGCUGGGUGGAAUGCAAGCUCCGGUCGCUCCCCGCGCCACACGGCUCGAGUUCCUCAACACCAAGCCGCCGCCGAACUAUGUCGCUGGGCUGGGCCGUGGAGCCACCGGCUUCACGACUAGGUCUGAUAUCGGGCCUGCCAGAGCCGCCCCCGAUCUCCCCGACCGCUCGGCGGCGGCCGCCGGUGGUGCCGCGGUCGCGCCCGGCGCCGGGCGCGGGCGUGGAAAGGGUGCAGGGGAAGAGGAGGAGGAAGAGGAGGCCGAGGAGAAGGGUUACGAUGAGAACCAGAAGUUCGACGAAUUUGAAGGGAAUGACAUGGGUCUCUUUGCGUCGGCUGAGUAUGACGAAGAUGACAAGGAGGCGGAUGCCAUAUGGGAGAGCAUCGACAAGAGGAUGGACUCGAGGAGGAAGGAUCGAAGGGAGGCGCGCUUGAAGCAGGAAAUUGAGAAGUAUCGAGCAUCGAACCCUAAAAUCACGGAGCAGUUUGCCGACCUAAAGAGGAAACUCUACGAUUUGUCCGCGGAGCAGUGGGAUAGCAUCCCUGAGAUCGGGGACUACUCGCUGAGGAAUAAGAAAAAGAGGUUUGAGAGCUUUGUUCCCGUGCCCGACACACUUCUCGAGAAGGCGCGUCAAGAGCAGGAACAUGUAACAGCCCUCGACCCCAAAAGCAAGGCAGCCGGGGGCACAGAGACACCAUGGGCGCAGACACCGGUCACGGAUCUCACGGCUGUCGGCGAGGGAAGGGGCACUGUGUUGUCCUUGAAGUUGGACAGAUUGUCUGAUUCCGUGUCGGGCCUGACAGUAGUCGAUCCCAAGGGGUACCUUACCGAUCUUAAGAGCAUGAAGAUCACAAGUGAUGCAGAGAUUUCCGAUAUCAAGAAGGCAAGGUUAUUGCUGAAGUCCGUCACCCAGACGAAUCCGAAACACCCACCCGGUUGGAUCGCAGCAGCACGGCUGGAGGAGGUAGCGGGGAAGAUCCAGGCAGCAAGACAGCUGAUACAGAAAGGGUGUGAGGAGUGCCCCAAGAACGAGGACGUGUGGUUGGAGGCUUGCCGAUUGGCCAGCCCGGAGGAGGCCAAGGCAGUCAUCGCCAAAGGUGUGAAAUCGAUACCAAACUCUGUGAAGCUGUGGAUGCAGGCUGCCAAGCUGGAGAGCGACGAUAUGAACCGGAGUCGCGUAUUGAGGAGGGGGCUCGAACACAUUCCUGACUCUGUCAGGCUAUGGAAGGCGGUGGUGGAGUUAGCUAACGAGGAAGACGCCCGACUUUUGCUUCACAGAGCUGUGGAAUGCUGCCCGCUGCAUGUCGAGCUUUGGCUUGCACUUGCCAGGCUCGAGACCUACGAGCAAGCAAAAAAAGUUCUGAAUAAGGCAAGGGAGAAGUUACCAAAGGAGCCCACGAUCUGGAUAACCGCUGCGAAGCUCGAAGAGGCCAAUGGCAAUACUUCGUCAGUGGGCAAGGUAAUAGAGAGGGGUAUCAGAUCCUUGCAGAGGGAAGGUGUCGAGAUCGACCGGGAGGUAUGGAUGAAAGAGGCAGAGGCCGCAGAACGUGCCGGAUCUGUUGCAACCUGUCAAGCUAUUAUUCACAACACAAUCGGAAUUGGCGUCGAGGAAGAGGAUCGGAAGAGGACGUGGGUAGCAGAUGCUGAAGAAUGCAAGAAGCGUGGUUCCAUUGAGACUGCACGGGCCAUUUAUGCACAUGCUCUCACUGUUUUCUUGACCAAGAAGAGCAUAUGGCUCAAGGCCGCGCAGCUAGAAAAAAGCCACGGGACCCGGGAGUCUCUCGAUGCUUUGCUCCGCAAAGCUGUCACGUACAGGCCUCAAGCUGAAGUCCUAUGGCUGAUGGGUGCAAAGGAGAAGUGGCUUUCAGGAGACGUCUUGGCGGCCCGAGCGAUCCUUCAAGAAGCGUAUGCUGCAAAUCCAAACUCGGAGGAGAUUUGGUUGGCUGCUUUCAAGCUUGAAUUCGAAAACCACGAGCCCGAGAGGGCCAGGAUGCUUCUCGCCAAGGCUCGUGAGAGAGGAGGCACGGAAAGGGUGUGGAUGAAGUCGGCCAUUGUCGAGAGGGAGCUGGGCAACACCUCAGAAGAAAGGAGGUUACUGGAGGAAGGGCUCAAGCUGUUCCCAUCAUUCUUCAAGCUGUGGCUGAUGCUUGGGCAGAUGGAGGACAGGCUGGGCCAUCAGCAGCAUGCAAAGGAGGCAUAUGAGUCCGGGCUGAAGCACUGCCCCAAUUCCAUCCCCCUCUGGCUAUCCCUCGCUAGCCUAGAAGAGAGGAUCAGUGGCCUGAGCAAGGCCCGGGCCAUCCUCAACCUGGCCCGAAAGAAGAACCCGCAGAGCCCCGAGCUCUGGCUCGCCGCCAUCCGGGCCGAAUCAAGGCACGGACUGAAGAAGGAAGCGGAUUCCCUGAUGGCAAAGGCUCUUCAGGAGUGCCCCACGAGCGGGAUUCUCUGGGCGGCGUCCAUCGAGAUGGUUCCCAGGCCCCAGAGGAAGACCAAGAGCAUGGACGCCCUAAAGCGGUGUGACCACGAUCCCCACGUGAUUGCAGCCGUAGCAAAGCUCUUCUGGAACGACAGGAAGGUGGACAAGGCCAGGAACUGGCUCAACCGAGCUGUUACCCUGGCCCCAGAUAUCGGCGACUUCUGGGCCAUGUACUAUAAGUUCGAGCUACAGCAUGGGACUGAGGAGACCCAGAAGGACGUGCUGCAGAGGUGCAUCACCGCAGAACCUAAGCACGGGGAGAAGUGGACCAGGCUCUCUAAGGCGGUGGAGAAUUCCCACCAGCCAACCGAGGCAAUACUCAAGAAGGUCGUGGUUGCUCUGGGUAAGGAAGAGAAUGCCGCCAUGCUGGCUGAGGGAGCCCUGCCCUAG